CCAGCCAGGACAGAUAAAUAUGGAAGAUGAUUCGGGUUUGUCCGAUAUCUUGAUGUGCAAAAUGUCCGCAUGCUGGAAAGGGAGUUAGAUCAGAUAAAGGUAGGAGGGAUCAAGAUUCACGUAAACCAACCAAGAUUUGAUAGGAAAGCAAAAAUACAGAGGGACGGAAGCCAAAACAAUGCCGGAAAGACCAUCAGCUUUGAAGCAAAUAGAAGAGCAGAUAUGACUUAUGCAGACAUCCUUAGAGGCUCAAAGAAGAAUGGACUUGGGAGUACACAAGCCACUGCUACAGAACAACUUAUACAAAACAAGGACAAGAACAGAAAAGCCAUUCACACGACAAAAGGAAGAAAGGAAUGGAUAGCAAAAAGCAGAGAUUCCAAAUGGAGAGGAUGGGAAUUCAGAGCUGAGGAAUCAGAUUUUGAAUGGGUGAAAGGGAGUUUUGUGGGGACAGCCCGAGCAGUAGAAUUAAUCGCAACAAUUCAAGAGAAAUUCUACAUGGAGGGAUAUUUCUCUAUUUCACUAAAACCAAUGGGUGGGAAGCUUGUUUUACUACCAUGGUCACCGUCAAUGGUUGCUACGGAGAGGUUUACGUGGAUAAAAUGCCAAGGAGUUCCUCUACAUGCAUGGGGACCCGAAUUCUUCCAUGAUCUAAGCAUGAUAUGGGGAAAAUUUAUCUCCUUGGAUGAUCGUACAAGCAACAAAAAAAGAUUUGAUGUUGGUAGAGUCUUGAUUUCUACACCCUGCAUGGAGAUGAUAUCAAAGAAUCUCACCGUGAAGAUAAAUGGAGAAUUCUACAAUAUACAGUGCACGAAGGAAGAACACUCCAACAAUCUGUUUACUUUGAGGUCUAAUUUUGGGAUUAAAAACAAGUCCUGCAGUGAUCAUGAUAGUGAAUCUUGGUCACUUGGGUCAGUAGAAGCAGCAGGCUCCGUGAAUGGGAUGCUUGAAAGAUCUAAAAAUCGCUCUGAUACUGGAGAUGAAGAAGACAAUGACAUGGCACCUUGGCAUGAACGGGAUGAGGAAGACUUGAAGGAAAGGCAGUGCCAAGAUAUGUGGUCAACUCAAGCAUUAAAUGAGGCAUCAGAAAAUUACACUUCCAAGGAGAGAAAUUCAAAAUCUAGGCAUGAAAUGAUGGGGGAAACGUCACAUGGGGGUGGAAGAAUGGGGCUAACGGCUGUAAAUUUUGAAAUAAGUAAUGAUGCAAGUGGGAUUAACGAAGUGGAACCAAUUGAAGAAAAUUGUAGUUGGGUUGAAGAAACAAUAGUUGAAAAUAGGUUCUCGGUUGGAAAUGAACCAAAAAAGCAACAAGAAGGUGGAUGGAGGGGCGGAGAUGGACAGCAAUACUGGGACGAUGAGACAGUGGAUGAAGGGGAAGGUAGAAUCAAAAACUUAGAAGAAGAGCAGAAGGACAAAGGCAUCAAAGGAAAGAAUGAAUUAUGGAGCAAACUGGGCAACAUUGUUAACUACAAAGACACAGGUGUGUGCGUGGGAGGGGAUUUUAAUGUCACUAUCUCACAGGAAGAAAGAAGAGGGUGUCGAGGCAUACAGAAGGAGAUGGAGGGUUUUGAGGUGUUCAUAGCAGAAACAGGGUUGAUCGACUUACCAAUGAUUGGGAGAAGGUUUACCUGGCAUCCGAAAUUCAAAGACAAAGUGGCAGAGGUGUGGAGAACAAAGGAGCUCCAAGGAAUAGGUGGCUUUAUUCUCAAAGAGAAACUAAAAGCAACUAACGUAUAUCUGAAGAAAUGGAGCACAGAACACAAUAGUGAGUUGAACAAAACAAUAGAAGAAUGCAAGGAAGUGAUACUCCAAAUAGAUGUGAAAGGUGAAGCUCAAACAUUGAUUGAAGAGGAGCUGGAAUUAAAAAAGAAGAAUGAAGUCAAUCUGUGGCAAAAAAUGCAGAUCAAAGAUUGCAUGGUGAGAGAAAAAGCAAGAACUCAAUGGCUCAAACUCGGAGAUGCAAACUCAAAGUUUUUUCAUCAAUGCAUCAAAGGCAGAUGGUGUAGAAAUGAAAUUAACUACUUGGAGGUGGGAGGCACCAAACUAAUGGAGAUCACAGAGCUAAAGGAAGGUGUCAUGAAGUACUUCCAGGAACUAUUCACAAAAGAUGAUUGGGAAAGACCAAUAUUGGAGGGAAUUGAAUUCAAGAAGGUCACACUUGAGCAAAACAUAAUGCUGACUGCACAAUUCACAGAAGAAGAGAUAAAGGAAGCUAUGUGGGACUGUGACAGUUCAAAGGCCCCAGGACCAAAUGGAUUCAAUUUCGGGUUUCUCAAAGCAAUGUGGGAGAUAGUGAAGGAUGAUGUUGUAAAAUUCGUUGAAGACUUUCAUACAAGUGGAAGAUUAGUAAGAGGCUCAAAUGCAUCUUUCAUUGUUCUAAUUCCAAAAAAGGAGAACCCAGUACGAAUUGAGGACUAUAGACCAAUUUCGCUAAUCAGAUGCAUGUACAAAAUUAUUGCAAAACUACUUGCAAACAAAAUGAAGAAGGUGAUGGAGGGGUUGAUAAGCGAACAACAGUUAGCAUUCAUACAAGGGAGACAGCUUCUGGACAGUGUAGUUGUGGCCAAUGAAACCAUCGACAAGAUUAAGAAGAAGAAGAAAAAGAGCCUCAUCUUCAAAAUUGACUUCAAGAAAGCCUACGACAAGGUUUCUUGGAAUUUCAUAGAUUAUAUGCUGAUGCGCAUGGGCUUUGACAAUGUUUGGAGGAAGUGGAUUAUGGAGUGUCUUCGCUCAAGCACAAUCUCAGUUUUAUUGAAUGGCAGUGCAACAAAGGAAUUAAGUGUGAGCAAGGGCCUGCGACAAGGCGACCCUCUCUCCCCCUUCUUGUUCCUUAUAGCCGCUGAGGGCCUUUCAAAACUAUUAGCAUCCGCUGAAAAAAAAGAUUUGUUCAAUGGAAUUACGGUAGGCUCGAAGGGGCUGAAAAUUUCUCAUCUCCAAUUUGCGGAUGACACUAUCAUUUUUGGAGAGGCCUCGAAAAGAAAUGUCAAGGCAAUUAAAAGUAUCUUGAGGAUCUUUGAAAUGGUUUCGGGACUCAGAAUCAACUACAACAAAAGCAAGUUGUAUGGAAUGAAUAUAGAAGAGGAAGUCUCUCAACGUUGGGCCAUAUUCCUGAAUUACAAAACGGGUAAACUACCGAUGACCUACCUAGGCAUGCCAAUUGGAGCAAGUUUGAGAAGCAAGGACACAUGGGCAGAACUGAUAAACAAAAUAGGGAGGAAGUUGGCUGGCUGGAAAAACAGGAUGUUUAAUUUAGCGUUGAUGGGGAAAUGGUGGGGGAGAUUAGUUAAUGAGCAAGGAGGCUUAUGGAGAAGAGUGCUCUUAGAUAAAUAUGGAGGGGAAGGAGGAAGCUGGGGAGAAUGGAUAACAGAGGGGCAGAACAGGGGAUCUAGAUGGUGGAAAGAUGUUUGCAAAAUUAAUGAGUUGAUUGAGGGAAAACGGGAUUGGGUGAAGUCGGGUUUUAAGUUGGUUAUAGGAGAUGGUGCUAAGGUUUCCUUUUGGAGACAAGUGUGGAUGGGAUCUCAUAGCUUAGAUGUAAUGUUCCCUCAAUUAUCUUAUCUUUCCACAGAUAGACAAAGCACAAUGCAGCAAAUGGGAGAAUGGAUAGGUGGUUCAUGGAGAUGGAGAUUAAAAUGGAGGAGAAGAUUAUCAAUAAGGGAACAGGACCAAGAAACACAGCUUCGGAGCAUCAUACAAAAUGUGCAAAUUCGAAAAGAUGUCGAUGAUAGAUGGUGGUGGAGAUAUGAAAAAGAUGGUGAAUACACAGUAAAAUCAGCAUACAAGAUGCUAACAACAACAGAAGAAGGGGAUGAAAUCAAAUGUCUUAAGAGAUGCUGGAACUCGACAAUCCCAUUGAAAAUCUGUGCUUUUAGUUGGCUGUCAGUGCUUGGACGUACACCUUGCAAGGGGUUUCCCAUGCCAGUGGGUUUGAUGAUCGGAACAGUGAGAUAUGGAGAAAUUGCAAAAGAAGACAAAAAACCCAACACGGGUGUGGUGUCGACACAUAAAUUUGGUGUCGACACCAUACGGGUCCUGCAACCAAUUAGAGAGGCAGAACCCACAACCUUCCAUCCUUCACUUGAUCCACCGAAAGAAUCGAGCCUGAAUGAGAUUGAAUAGACGUCCUACAUCCACUGCCUCGUUGUUAAACAUUCCCCAUCCCUGUUAUUGCCACUCUGUUUUUCCUUUUUCUUGCUGCAGCGUCUCUUAAGCAGGAUAUCGGGUCCUGUAUCCAGUCAGACCAUGAAAAUAGACAGCAUUUCUUCCU